AGCUCGGCGGCCCCACGCGAACCUGGCGUGGGCGUUGCCAUAGCGGGUCUCCCUGGGGGCGAGGCCACGGCUCCUCCCGGGCGCACCAGGCAGAGCUGCUUCUCUCCCCUCCCGCCCUUCGGCUCGGCGCCCGGCCCCGUGGGUGUGGCGGUACCUUGGUCUCCAGUGGGUGGGAGUGGGGGUCUCGGGGUGUGGGGCCCAGAAGGGGCCUCGGGGCGUCCCUCAGCCCCGCGCCCCACUUUGUUUUCCAGGUGCCGGGAGUAGGGAGAGCCUCGAAGCCGUCCCUUCACUCGCUGGGCUCCAGGUGACACCGCUGGCCCUCGGCCUGUCAGCGGCUCUCCAGGCCGCAGCCGCCCCGCGGGGGAAGGUCGGGAGGGAGGCGGCGGCGAGACCGUUACCAGGCCGCGCGCGCCCAGAGCACCUCGGGGAGGCCGGUCGGCGCCCCGCUCACACUGCGGCCCCAGAAACCCGAAUUUGGGGCUUUUCCUCAGUUCCAGCACUAGCUGGAGGAAACAAGGCGGUUACGGUUCCUGUUGUCAGGAAAAGCCGGAGGAAGUUUAAUGUGCUUUAGGCCUUUCCAAGUGUUAGAAAUAACCCCUGCGCCGCACUUUGCUUCCCCUCGACGGUUAGCAGUCACCGGGCUGCUGCCCGUUUCCGUUAGUGAUUCUCGCUGAACUCUUCUCUUUAAGCGGCAUUCCUCUGACAUGAAUUUUAAAGGCAAAGGGAGAGAUUUUCUUGUGUGGAAACCCACUUAACUUUGGCAUCUAAGAGCUCAAGAUUUACGGAUGAGCACAGUAGAGAGAAUCGUUCUCAACCCUUUAUCAGGAGCCUGGUGUUAAAAACUGAAUAAUAUUGAGGCGGCUUGUUGGAGUCAUCAGUGAACUGUUGAGUCAGUAAAAUUAAAAACAGGUUUUGAAGAUGUCAGAAAGGCAUUCAGGUCAGGUUGGAACUGGAGUAGGAAAUGAGAUGGACUCUUCUACUGUCACUAUCAAGUACACCGGCUUCAAAGAUUUUGGUUCCACUUCAUUUCAAGAUAGUGGCUACAGUGAGUUGUUAAAAUCUUACAGCGUUGAUAAUACAUUAUAUUUGGUAAAGCAGGAAGAUGACCCAACAAUAAACUAUGAAUUUUUUGAACCUGUAAGUCCGGGCUUAACAGAUCCUUUAGAGACCCCUACUAAAAAAAAGAGAUUUCUCAUCUUUAGGAAGAAAUCAGCCAUACCCCCAGGCUUUUGUGAGACUCCUAAACUUGGUGGAAAACGUUAUUUACGGCGGCGCAGAAGGCUGGAUGUAUCUUUCUCUCCUCUGAAGGGAAACUAUGAAUCAGACAAUAGUUCUAUAGAAAGUAGUAUAAGUGAAGUUCUCAACUUUGAAGAAGAUAUUCCAAGCAGUGCUUCAGGUUCUCCAAUGCAAAAUAAUUUUAGUGCUUUAGUUACUAGUACUUUGAAAACAGAAGAAGCGACUUUAAGCCCUCAAAAAUUGAGACUUAAUUUUUCUCAACAGAAGACUUCCACAGUUGAUGACUCCAAAGAUGACUGUAGCCUGUUUGAAGAUGAAUGUAUAUCACCAAUUCAGGGCAAUAAUUUUAAAGACUCUAUCACCCAUGACUUUAGUGAUAGUAGUCCAUGUGUUAACGAUGAGAAUACAUUUCCCAAACUUCUGGACUCCUCUAGUAGUGGAACAACUUGUGAAACAGAUGAGGACAUAUUUGUGGCUCCAAUAAGUAACCUUGUAGCAAAUAUUAAAUUUAAGGCAGGUCAAAGGUUUUUUCCUCAAGUGAGAGGCAAUAUUUCAACACCUGAAGACAGUGGUUUUAACUCACUUUGCUUGGAUAAAUCAGAAGAUUACCUCUCCGACCAGGAAAGUUCUUUUCAAGAGCUACUUCAGAAACAUAAGGGAACUCUCAAAGUGGAGGACACCAUAAGAAGGUCAAGGCGCCUUGGAAGGUUGAGAAGAUUGUCCACCCUUCGGGAGCAAGGCUCACAGUCUGAGACAGAAGAGGAAAGCCAGAUCAUCCACUCUGAAUCUGAAAUAACACCAGCAGCUUCUUCAGACAUCUCAGACAGUCAGCCCAGCAGUGACAGUCAGAGUGAGGAACUGAUUUUAGGUUUUAAUAAUUUAUCAAACACCCCAGCCUUGCAGUUAGUGCAUGAGCUCUUUAUGAAAAACAAAAAGAGAAGAUUCCAGCAAAGUGGUACACGCGAAUUCUUAGAAGACAGGGAUGAGGCGAAAAUAGCUGUACUGCAGUGCGUACUUGCAGGACUGAUUGGCAAGAAAAUGGGUAUAGAUAAACUGGACAUCUUAACAGAAUUAAAAUAUAGAAAUCUAAAGCAUAUUCUUGCAGUUGUUUUAGAUUCCUUGUCUGCAGAAAGCCUAUGCAGUGUUUGGAGCGUGAGCAGAAAUUGGCGUGAAAUUAUUGUUCAAAAUAAAAAAGCAAAUCAGAGGAGGAGAUUUUAUCUCACACAACUGAAAACAGAUGCUAAGUGUUUCUCUAUACAGGUCCCCGAUUUCAUCUCCUAUUAUCCACCAGAACUGGAAAUCUCCUCUCUGCAAGUCCAAACAUAUCAGCAGGCUGUAUUAAAUGUUCAGGAUGCUGCCACUCGGUUUCAACUUUCAAAUCGAUCAGCUUUAAGAUCUGUACAAGCUCAGGCUAGGACACCAAGUUCUCAGAAAGAACAGGUUUCAACAUUUUCUCCUUGGGGAGAAGUUUUGACACCUAUAGCAAGCUCUUCAAUUAUUGACUCACACAGUAAACAGGAAGAAUAUGUUAGGGUUGCCAAAACACUUUUUACUGAUGAAGCCUUAAAACCUUGCCCGAGGUGCCAAUCCCCUGCUAAGUACCAGCCAUAUAAGAAAAGGGGACUGUGCAGCCGCAGAGCCUGUGGUUUUGACUUUUGUGUGUUAUGUUUGUGUGCUUAUCAUGGGUCUGAAGAAUGUAGUAGAAGAGCAGCAAGGCCAAGGGACAGAAAAGAUCCUCUUCCAGGAAGUGCCCAGAGUAAGCGGAAUUUAAAACGCCUCUAAAGAGACUUUAAAUAUAAAAGAAGCAUUCCCCCAAGCAACAUUUAGUCUGACUUAAAAUUAUGGAUAUUUUGAAAGCAUGCAAAAUUUCCCAUUAAUGACAGAUGAUGAUUUAUUUGCUAUUUUGUUUAUAUUAUAAUCCAUGCCAUUGUAUGUUUUCUUUAAGGUAGUAACUUUAGAAACAAUGUUAUUUUACUAUGUCACUUUUACCCAUUUUAAUAACUUAGUGUUUUUAAAUAAAGAAUUUCAUUGUUAUCAUUUAUAUGUAUUUAACUGUUUCAUGUAAUAUUUAAAGAUUGUGCAUUUCAUCACUAUGUGUUGAAAUGAUCUCAAUCACUUUUUAAAAUAGUUUUCCAAAGAAUAUUA